CAGCUCUUCUUUUCUUCUUUUCUAUUUUUAUUAAAGAAAAAAAAAAAUCCACUAUCGAUCAUGGGACAAACACUAUCUGAACCCAUUGUCGAGAAAUCGACUCAUUCUGGAAAGAAUAAACAUUUAUCAUUUGCGCUAUCAGCCAUGCAAGGAUGGAGAUUAACUAUGGAGGAUGCUCAUUGUGCACAACUAGAUUUAGAUGGUACUGGAACAUGUUUUUUUGGUGUUUAUGAUGGACAUGGAGGUUCUGCUGUUGCAAAAUAUACGGGAGAAAGCCUUCAUCAUCGUGUACGUGAGUCAGAUUACUUUGACAAGAAGGAAUACGCCAAGGCUUUGACAGAUGCUUAUAUGAAGUUAGAUAAAGAACUUGCUGAAGAUCAAUCAUUCAUUUGCGAUCCCUCUGGUUGUACAGCCAUUACUGCUCUUAUUAUUCCCGAAGAGAAAGCUAUCUAUGCUGCAAAUGCAGGAGAUUCAAGAGCAAUUAUCAGUGUAAACGGUAAAAGCAAAGCAUUGUCAUAUGACCACAAGCCAUCUGAUCCAAAGGAAUCUGAGCGUAUCAACAAUGCUGGUGGUUUCGUAGAAUUUAAUCGUGUCAAUGGUAACCUCGCCCUUUCUCGCGCUAUUGGAGAUUUCGAGUUUAAGCAGAACAAUGAUUUACCGCCUGAGAAACAAGCAGUUACUUGUCAUCCUGAUGUUUUAGAACACAAGAUAACAGAUGAAGAUGAAUUUUUGGUUUUAGCGUGUGAUGGUAUCUGGGACUGCAUGACAAACCAGCAAGUGGUCAACUAUAUACGUGAACAACUCGCUGAAAAGACGAAAUUGGAUGACAUUUGUGAGCAAAUCAUGGAUCACUGUCUUUCACCUGAUAAUGAUGGAGGAGGAGUUGGUUGUGAUAAUAUGUCUAUUAUUAUCGUAGCCAUCUUGAAUGGAAAGACAGAGGAAGAGUGGUAUGAAUGGAUGGCAAGUCGUGCAGCUCCACCAAAGAAAGAUGCACUUGGUAAUGAUAUUUUAUCAGAUGGAAAGUUAGAAAACGAAAAUGUAGCAAGUAAAGAAGAGACAAAGCCAUAAUGUCUCUCUGUUAUUUCUGUCCAUCUUUGUAUUAUGAUUUUUGUUUGAUUGUGUUUGCGUCUAAGUGAUCGUAUAUAUAUAUAUAUAUAAACAUAUGCGUAUAUAAAUAUAUGUGUGUGUAUUUCAUAUAAAUAUAAAAAAAAUCGUUUCUCUCUCUCUCAUUCCUUGUUUUUUGGUGCAAUUUCAGUUUUUAAUACUCGAUUUGCCUUCUUUCUUGGUACAGGUGCUGUUUAAGUGUUAGCUUACAU